CGCCCUAUUUCAUUUUGUGCGCGUGAAGCGUUUCUUCUUCCAUUUUUCCUACGAUCGGAGCCCUCAGCGAGCGAUUUCCAGCAAGAAUCUGCAAGACUUUCGUGUUUUUCGAUUGAUCUCGAAGCGGCAUUCUGCGAUUUUCAGCGAAGAGGAGCCGGUCGAUCGAGGUAGGGUUUCCGGCGCCUUUCUUGCCCCGUCGCGCGGCCGGAUUUGCGAAGAAUCAUGAGUCCAGGAAGCUUUCCAGGCGCAGAGGCGGCUCUUUCGUCCCCAUCGAGGUUCAAGACGUGGAAUCCGGGCUCCCAAUCGCACGGGAGGGUUUGUAGAGGGUCGAUUAUCGUCAGCGGCCUCGCAUUGUCUCACCCCAGGCGCUCCGACUCCAUACGAUUCCUCCGCAGAGGAAAAUGGAGACGGUCUCCACUAAAAUCGAGGCUCUACAUCUUGGCCGAGAAUCGAGUCUUCACACAGGAUGGAGCUAAUCCUGUUCCGGAUCUAGACCAGCAGCGCCAGCACCAAGUCUACGUUCCAGCCGCGGGAAUCCUUCCUCUCAAUCUCGACGUAGAGAAUUUUAAAGGCAAUUCGUCCGACUUAACUUUCAAGGAAGCCAGGAAGGAGAGUCCCUUCGAGCAAGAAGCGUGGCGAUUGCUCAGGGCCUCCAUAGUGCAGUACCAAGGCUGUCCAGUGGGAACGAUUGCCGCGAACGACCCCACUGACGCUUCGGCUCUAAACUACGAUCAAGUUUUCAUCCGCGAUUUUGUUCCGUCGGGCAUUGCGUUUCUACUGAAAGGAGAGCCAGCCAUUGUUCGUAACUUUCUACUAUGCACGCUAAGGUUACAGAGCUGGGAAAAAACCGUUGAUUUUUACAGUCCUGGGCAGGGUCUAAUGCCUGCAAGUUUCAAGGUUCAAUCGGUUGCCGCUGAAGAGGACACUUGCGAAGAGAUCCUGGAUCCAGACUUUGGAGAAGCUGCUAUCGGAAGGGUUGCACCAGUAGACUCAGGUCUGUGGUGGAUAAUUCUCCUCCGAGCUUACGGUAAAUCCACGGGCGACUUGUCAUUGCAGGAAAGAAUGGACGUCCAAACCGGCAUAAGGAUGAUUCUUAAGUUAUGUCUCUCUGACGGGUUUGACAUGUUCCCGACGUUGCUGGUCACGGAUGGCUCGUGUAUGAUCGAUCGUCGCAUGGGCAUCCACGGCCAUCCUCUUGAAAUACAGGCGCUUUUCUACUCGGCUCUUCAAUGUGCGAAAGAGAUGCUUAUCCCAGACGAGAAGUCUCAUCAAUUGCUUACAGCGGUUAACUCGCGACUUAGCGCACUGUCGUUCCACAUAAGGGAAUACUAUUGGCUCGACAUAGCUAAGCUCAACGAGAUCUAUCGCUAUAAAACCGAAGAGUACUCGCAUGAUGCUGUGAACAAGUUUAAUAUUUAUCCCGAGCAAAUCCCGGAUUGGCUUGCGGACUGGAUGCCCGAUCAUGGAGGGUACUUUAUCGGCAAUCUACAGCCGGCUCACAUGGACUUUCGGUUCUUCUCACUGGGAAACUUGUGGGCGAUAGUAUCUUCCCUGGCAACACCACAGCAAUCCAGCGGAAUUCUCGAUCUCAUCCAAGACAGAUGGAAGCACCUGGUCGGAAGCAUGCCUCUCAAGAUCUGCUUCCCGGCUUUUGAAAACGAGGAGUGGCGAAUCAUCACUGGCGGUGACCCCAAAAACACGGCAUGGUCUUACCAUAAUGGAGGUUCCUGGCCUACACUCAUCUGGCAGUUUACACUAGCCUGCAUAAAGAUGGGAAGAUCAGAAGUGGCGUACGAGGCUCUAGAAAUCAUGGAGAGGAGAAUCUCCAGAGACCGCUGGCCCGAGUACUACGACAGCCGCACGGGGAAGUUUAUAGGCAAGCAAUCGAGACUCUUCCAGACAUGGUCCAUUGCUGGCUAUCUGGUUGCCAAGCAGCUCCUGGCCAAUCCCGAGGCAGCCACUUAUCUUACGUGCGAAGAAGACCCUGGCUUGCUCGAUGCUUUCAGCUGUCGAAUCAGUUCCAAGCAGCCAAAGAAGGCCUAAAAUGUCAGAGUGAUGUGGUUUCACUCGACACAAAACAGGGGCUGCGGAGAGAUUUUGUGACAACACGAAGUCUCCAUGCUGUCCACAAGAGACGUUCUUGUCUCUGGUGAAAUCUCAAAGGAGAAACAUCAACAACUAACUUGUAUAAAAAUUUAUUUUUGGUUUGCCGUUAAAGCAAAGUUGUUUGUUGCUA